AUGCCGAAUCGCCAACCCCACCGCUCCAAAACUCGACCCUCGUCUUCAUCGGUUCGAUCCAAACCCCGCCCUAAAGACAGAGUUCCGCUCACAAAGCUACUCCGGGUAGCGUCAGUUGCCGGUGGAAUUCAGUUCGGAUGGGCUUUGCAGUUGUCUCUUCUAACGCCCUAUGUUCAGCAGCUCGGAAUCCCGCAUGCGUGGGCCAGUAUUAUAUGGUUAUGCGGGCCGCUUUCGGGGCUUAUUGUUCAGCCGUUGGUUGGGCAUUUGAGUGAUCGGUGUACCAGUCGAUUUGGUCGGAGGAGGCCGUUUAUCUUAGGCGGAGCUAUUGCGAUUGCUUUGUCUGUUCUUAUUAUUGGGCAUGCUGCGGAUUUGGGAUGGAAGUUUGGUGAUACGAAGGAACAUCGGCGUUCGGCCGUCGCCUUUUUCGUGUUCGGGUUUUGGAUUUUGGAUGUUGCUAAUAAUGUUACUCAAGGUCCUUGUAGAGCUUUGCUCGGUGAUCUAACCGGUAAGGAUCAUCGAAGGACACGUGUCGCAAAUGCAUAUUUUUCCCUAUUUAUGGCUAUUGGUAACAUUCUUGGAUAUGCAACUGGAUCAUACAGUGGUUGGUACAAGGUCUUUCCUUUCACACUUACCCCUGCAUGCAAUAUUAGUUGUGCAAAUCUCAAGUCUGCUUUCUUUCUGGACAUUGGUUUCAUGCUCAUCACCACCUAUAUCAGUAUCAUGGGAGCUAAUGAAGUGCCUCUUGGGUCGAUUGGGGCACUCGAUGCUGAAGCAGAAGGGGAGUCAGGUGGUAGUGCGGAAGAAGCUUUUUUAUGGGAACUAUUUGGGACAUUCAAAUAUUUUUCAAAGCCUAUAUGGAUAGUAUUGUCUGUUACUGCUCUAACAUGGGUUGGAUGGUUUCCAUUUCUUCUAUUCGAUACUGAUUGGAUGGGCCGAGAAAUUUAUGGUGGCGAGCCAAAUGAAGGCACUUAUUAUGAUUCCGGAGUUAGAAUGGGGGCACUUGGUUUAUUGCUUAAUUCAGUUGUUCUUGGAGUAACAUCAUUACUCAUGGAGAAGCUAUGCAGGAAGCGGGGGGCUGGGUUUGUGUGGGGAAUUGCAAAUAUCCUAAUGGCAUUCUGCUUUAUAGCAAUGCUUGUAUUAACCUAUGUGGCUAAUGACAUUGGUUAUUUAGGAAAAAAUCUACCACCCACUAGCAUCGUGAUAGCUGCACUGACAAUCUUUACUGUUCUUGGGUUUCCAUUGGCAAUCACUUACAGUGUUCCAUAUGCCUUAAUUUCCACACAUAUUCAACCAUUGGGGCUCGGCCAAGGAUUGUCAAUGGGAGUCCUAAAUCUUGCAAUAGUGUUCCCACAGAUGAUAGUGUCCUUAGGAAGUGGACCAUGGGAUCAGUUAUUUGGCGGAGGAAACUCUCCGGCGUUUGCUGUGGCAGCUAUUGCAGCUCUUGUCAGUGGAAUCAUAGCUGUCUUUGCUAUUCCCCGAACUGGUACUCAAAAGCCUAGAAACCCAGUAUGA